ACCUCGAAUAUCAAAAACCGCAUUUCUCCAUCCAUCCACCAUCUCUCGCCCACUCCUCUCCUCAAUUAACCACAACCACAACCACAAUUUCCCAUAAGCACAAUGCCUAAAUCCAAGCGCGCGCGCGUCGUUCAUCUUACCAAAGUCGAUAAAAAGGGCAAGGAGCUGUCGCUCAAACUCUUUGCAAAUGUGCGCGAAUCGCUCGAUGCUUAUCAGCAUUGUUUUGUGUUUAGUGUGGAGAAUAUGAGGAAUACUUAUUUGAAGGGUGUGAGGAAUGAAUUGACUGAUUGUCGGUAUGUUAUACUUUCUAUUUAGGCAUUUGAUAUUUGAUAUUUGCGAUUAAGAAAUUGGGAUUCGUGGAUUUCAUCGUUGGAGUUUGAUAUUUGCGCUGCUUUUCGAGCAAGGUUAGAUGGCGAAGAGUUGAACAUUGGCAAGCGAAGUGACAAUGAAGAGGAGGGAAGAAAGAAUUGGGGAAGCAGAAUGAUUUAAGAUAUUGACAACCAUUUGGGAAUGCUCAAUUGUAGGAAUAAAUGCUAACCUACUCCCUUCCCAUCACAGACUCUUCUUUGGCAAGACAAAAGUAAUGUCCAAAGCGCUCGGCAGCGACCCCGCUUCUGAAUAUCAACCCAACACAUCUCUACUCUCCCCUCACCUAGUUGGCAACGUUGGACUCCUCUUCACCAACCGCGAACCCUCCUCCAUCAUCACCUACUUCCAAGAACUAUCCAAGACAGAUUUUGCCAGAGCCGGAACCGAAGCUAGCAGAAACUUCACCAUCCCCGCCGGGAUUGUAUACAGCAUGGGAGGAGAAAUUGACGCCGAGAAUGAUGUCCCAAUGGCACAUAGUUUGGAACCGGAAUUGAGAAGGUUGAACGUACCGACGACGUUGACUAAGGGAAAGAUUACGUUGGAGAACCCUUACUGUGUUUGUAAUGAAGGGGAUGUGUUGGAUAGUAGGCAGACUAGAUUGUUGAAAUUGUUUGGAGUUGCUACUGCAGAGUUCACUGUUCAAUUACUGGCGUAAGUUUCCCUUUCUUUCUUUCUUCGAGCCUUUGCGCUGCCGAACCUCUUGUAAUCUAAAAUCUAAUUCCUAAAUAGGUACUGGAGCGCAGCCAACCAAGAAGUAACAGAGAUAGAGGCUACAGAAAUGAGCGAGUAAAAGCAAUGAAAAGAGCAAAAAUCAUAUUGGGAUCGUCGUUUCUGUUCUAAACUAUCAUACAGUCAAAGAAGACUAGACUAUGAGGCGUUUACCGGCGCCACGUUUUUGUUAUGGAAUAU